AUGAAGAGCAUCCUCAUCUUGGUCUUCUUGGCCACCCUUGCUGUGGUCAGUUAUGCGGAUGAUGCGGCAGGCGAGGAGAUUGUCGAGGUCGACAAGCUAUCAACCGACAUUCAAACCGAUCUUGGAGACGACACGGAAGACUUCAAGAAAUUCCACAAAAAAUUCAACAAACGAUUCAAGAAAAAGAACAUGAAGAAAUUAGCCGCCAACUUCAAGAAAAACAACAAGAGACUGAAAGCCUUGCAAGAAAAGGCGAAGGGGAAGAAAUUCAAAGUGAAGAUGAACGAAUUCAUGCACAUGAGCCCUGAAGAGUUCUCGGAGCAAGUGCUGUUGAAGGAGGAGGAUCUAAAGUUCCAUCCCGAGAGCAACGCCAUCGAUCACAAAAAAGCUAAAAAGUUGAGAGAGUUCAAGAAAGCGGCAGUGAGAAGGGCAAAGAAGGGAAGAAAGAAUCACCCGAAAAAGCUGAAGAAAGUCGAGAAACGAGCGGCAAAUACCACCGACAACCUCUCGCAAACCGAGAUCAACGAAAUCACUGCAAUGCUGAGACAAAUGGGAUUUACCGGCGAGAUCGUCUUCAGCGAGGAGGAGCUGAAAGAAGAUCCAAUUGUGCCCGAUCCAACCCAGGAUGAACCUCUUCCUGGAGGCUUUGAUUGGAGAGAUCAAGGAGUGAUAACACCAGUGAAAGAUCAAGGCAGUUGUGGAAGUUGCUGGACCUUCAGUGCUGCUGGUAUUCUCGAGGCGCAACACGCGCGUAAGUACAACAAAGAGUUGAUCGACUUGGCCGAAUAUCAAAUGACUUGUGUUUAUGGUGGAACGAUCUGCAAGGGAGGUGCCUCCGAGGUUGCCUUCGAAUAUUACAAGACUCAUCCGGGAAUUGGUCUCGAAAAAGACACACCCUAUCCAGACCCUCCCGCCUCAGGCGAUAUGAGUUGCAAAGCCAAGCCACCAACUCCGAAAGUCACCGUCUCUUCUCAUAUCUCUUUGCUUGGAUCAACGGUCGACGAAAUCAAGGAUGCCCUGAUCACCGAUGGACCGAUUGGAGUCGGAAUUGUGGUCAACUCGGAGUUCCAAUACUUCGGAGGUGGUAUUUUUGAUGCACCAUGUAAUGCAACGAAUGCCCUCGGAGGUCACGCUAUGAUCAUCACAGGAUUCGGAAGCGAGGAUGGAGUCGACUAUUGGAUAAUCAAGAACUCGUGGGGAACCACCUGGGGAGAGGAUGGAUAUGUUAAGUUCAAAAUGGGCUCCAAUCAUUGUGAUGUCGAGUCGAGACGUCUUAACCAAGCACAAAUCGUU